UAAAGUCGUAAAAACAGAACCUGUCGCUUUACGAUAGCAUUUCCGGGGCUACGGCCAAAAAUUUUUUGACCUUGCCGGCUGAAGUUUAUGAGCCGAAAUAAUGUUGUCAACAUUAGCUGCUAGGAAAUUGGCGUCAAAAGCCCUUGCUAGUGUGAGGCUGAUUUCUGUAACACCACAGCGACAUAGUGCUCUGGUCCCUGGUCAGGAAGCCACCAUUGAGAAAGCUCCAUACCAGGAUGACUAUCCAAGCUCAGCCAACAUCCCGCUCACGCUGGAGGAGAAAGUCGUGUACUGGAAAAGGGCUAACGAUGUUUUCUUCGGUCCAGACCGUGAUACCAAGAAUUUCCCACACCCAGAAUAUAAGGAGAAAAUAACGGAAGAGUACAACUUUGGCGUUAUACCAACACGUUGGUUCAAGGCACUGUAUCCACAGCUUGGAGUCUCUGGUUGUUACACGUUGGUCUGGGGAUCUAUACUGUUUGGUAUUAGCAAGGAAUAUAUCGUCUUGGACCACGAAUUCUAUGAGUUUCUGAUUGUGAUAGGCUUUGUUAACUGGGUUCGAUUUAAGUAUGGAGAUAAGAUCAGUGCUUAUCUCGUAGCAAAACAAGCGUUGCGCAGGAAGGAGUUGUAUGAGGAGCCAUUAGAGAAUGCGACAUCUGGUUAUAAAACUGAAGUUGCCGAACUUAAAGAGGAGAUUGCUAGACAAGAUGCCAUUCCUGUCAUUUUCCAGGCAAAACAGGAACAAAUUGAUCUUCAGCUGGAAGCUGAAUACCGACAGAGAUUGGCCGAGGUCCAUGAUACAGUCAGACGAAGACUGGAAUACCAGGCAGAUAUGGAGCAUGCACAGCGUUCUUUCGAACAGGAUCACAUGGUGAACUGGAUCGUGAACAACGUGAAGAAAUCAAUCACUCCUCAGCAGGAGAAAGAAAGUAUCGCAAACUGUAUCAAGACCUUGAAGAACAUGUCUGCUACUGCAGCUCUAUAAACAUAGGGAACAUAGAGAUUUUGUCAUACUGUUAUGAAACAUUCAGGAUGUAGUGCUGAGUUUACAUAAAUCGUAUAUUUAUAGGUCUGAUGUUAGAUGCCUAAAAAGUUUUAUUGAUAAAAAUAGAAAGAAAAGAAACUGACUGUUUUUACUGAGUGGAUAAAAUUUGAAAUAUUUGAGGAAAUUUAUUCCUUAAAUGUAUUGGUUGACAAAAAGUAAAAUUUAACAUGUU